AUGCAGCCCCAGCGACGCCGGCGUGAGUCCCUCACGCCGCAGCAGCUGCGUGAGUGGUACGCUGGUUGGGGCUGUAGGGGUGGAGACGCUACUCCUACUACCACUCCUGCUGCUUCUACUCGUGGUGGCGGCCAGAUGCAGCUCCCGCGACCCUCUCGCGUGUCUCUCACGCCUCGCCAGCUUCGUGAGUGGUACGCUCAGAGUGGAGGGUCUCUUAGUGCUGUUCGCUGCUCUUACGUGAUUCGCACUGGUACUCGGACUGGUAUAGGACCUGCUGCUCUAGCUACUGGUGAGGCUGCUGCUCUGGGUGCUAGUGAGUCUCCUGCUCCAGGUACAGGUGCGGCUGCUGCUCUAGGUGCUAGUGAGUCUGCUUCCUCAGGUGCGGGUGAGGCUGCGCUCUCAGGUACCGCGUUGGCUUCGGCCUCCCUCACCUUUACACUUGACUCUGGGGCUUCUCGCUCCUUCUUUCGGGACCGCACCACACUCACGCCGCUUGGUCAGCCGGUUGCAGUCUCCCUGGCUGACGCCUCUGGGGGUCCUGUCCUCGCUCACUUCUCCACUGUCCUCCCGUGUCCGGCUGCCCCCUCGGGCACCCUGUCUGGCCUGUACCUCAACUCGUUCUCGACGAACUUGGUGAGUGGUGCAGACCUACAGGAUGCGGGGGUUCACCAGUUCACUCCUGCGAGUCAGCGGGUGACCCACUGCACGGACGCACGCACAGGCCAGCACCUGGCCACGUUCUCGCGUCGGCCGGGGUCGAGCCUCUACACCCUGACCACUGAGUCUCCUCCUGUCCCCGCGUCCGGUCAGGUAGCAGCGUCGGGUCAGGUGUUUGCUGCUGCGUCCAGGUCUGGUCCUGAGUCUGCCCCCUGUACUUGUCGCCUCCUGUCUCACGAGACUCUCCUGUGGCACCACCGUCUUGGCCACCCCUCCUUGCCCCGUCUUCGGAGCAUGGCUUCCCGUGUCCUUGUCUCUGGUCUUCCCCAGUCUCUCCCUCCUCUCCCCUCCGGGCCAGGACCUUCCUGUGUCCCCUAUGUCGAGGGUCGCCUCCGGGCUACUCCUCACUCCUCCCACUUCCCCCCGACAGAGGCUCCCCUGCAGACGCUUCACAUGGAUGUGUGGGGCCCAGCCCCCGUCCGUGGGCAGGAUUACGAGCGCUACUUCCUGUUGGUGGUUGACGACUACUCGCGUUACACCACAGUCCUCCCCUUGCGCAGCAAGGGUGAGGUCACUGAGGUGCUGAUCGACUGGAUCCGCGAGGCUCGUCUCCGGCUCAAGAAGAGCUUCGGCUCGGACUUUCGUGUUCUGCGUCUACACUCGGACAGAGGCGGAGAGUUCUCCUCUGGCCUUCUGCGUGCCUACUGUCGUGCGCGAGGCAUCCGCCAGUCCUUCACGCUUCCGGACUCACCACAGCAAAAUGGGAUUGCUGAGCGCCGCAUUGGCAUGGUCAUGGAUGUCGCUCGUACGUCCAUGAUGCAUGCGGCUGCCCCCCAUUUUCUGUGGCCGUUUGCGGUGAGGUACGCGGCGCAUCAGCUCAACCUUCACCCCCGGGUCUCUCGGCCUGCGAUGUCCCCAGCCUUGCUGUGGACAGGGAAGGUUGGCGAUGCGUCUGUGUUCCGUGUCUGGGGAUCUCGGGCGUUUGUCCGCGACUUGUCUGCGGACAAGCUGUCCCCUCGUGCUGCUCCCUGUGUCUUCCUUGGCUUCCCCACUGACGCCCCAGGGUGGCAGUUUUACCACCCCUCCUCUCGUCGUGUUCUGUCCUCCCAGGACGUCACGUUCGACGAGUCAGUCCCCUUCUACCGUCUCUUCCCCUACCGCACUCCUUCCCUCCCCCCUCCCCCGGACUUCCUUGUACCGGUUCCCCCCCCGGUAGACCCCCUCCCCCCUCAGGUUCCUGCCCCCUCAGGUGUGUCCCAGGUAGACGCCGUUGACCCGGUCGAGGUUACAGGUGACUCUGGUGCUGCUGCGGGUGCUGAGCCUGGGGGUGCUGACUCUGGGGGUGCUGUGCGCGGGGGUGCUGAGCCUGGGGGUGCUACUGCUGGGGGUACUGGGCCUGCGGGUGCUACUACGGAGAGUGCGGAGCCUGGGGGUGCUGAGCAGGGGGGUGCUGUGCCUGGAGGUGAUGGGUCUGGGGGUGCUGGGUCGGGAGCUGCUGAGCCUGGGGGUGCUGCGUCUGGAGCUGCUGAGCCUGGGGUUUCUCCUGCUGCUGCGUCUUGCCGGGAGCCCCUCUCUCCACAGGAGCUGCGCGAGUGGUUCGCUCGCCGCUGGAGGCGUGCUGCUGAGUCUGGAGGUGCUGCUGGAGCUGGAGCUGGAGCUUCUUCGACCGUCGAGGGUGCGGGUGCUGCCGGUCCCGGAGCUGCUGGACCUGCGGGUCCUCCUGGAGCUGGAGCUGCUGAGGGCGUUGGUGCUGAGCCUGCUGCUGUUGGUCCUGCCGCUGGAGGUGUGGGUGGCGCUGGUGCUGUCUCUGAGGGCGCUGGUGCUGUCCCUGCUGCGUCUGGAGCUGCUGAGCCUGGGGUUUCUCCUGCUGCUGCGUCUCGCCGGGAGCCCCUCUCUCCACAGGAGCUGCGCGAGUGGUACGCUCGCCGCUGGAGGCGUGCUGCUGAGUCUGGAGGUGCUGCUGGAGCUGGAGCUGGAGCUUCUUCGACCGUCGAGGGUGCGGGUGCUGCCGGUCCCGGAGCUGCUGGACCUGCGGGUCCUCCUGGAGCUGGAGGUACUGAGGGCGUUGGUGCUGAGCCUACUGCUGUUGGUCCUGCUGCUGGAGGUGUGGGUGGCGCUGGUGCUGUCGCUGAGGGUGCUGGUGCUGUCCCUGCUGAGUCAAGAGCUGCCGCGCGGCCUCGGCCGUACUUCGUUCCGCUCCUACAGCAGGUUCUUGGUCUUUCUCCUUCGGUAGAGUGUCCACAGCCUGUCCAGUCGCAGUCACUGUUGGAGCCUUCCUCUCCUCUGCCUGCUCCCUCUCCUUACACUGGUCCUACUGGAGGUCUUGCUGAGCGUCGUGAGCCUGCGUCUCGUCCCGCGUCGCCUGUUCGUGCUGCUCGCGCUAGUGGUCGCGGUUCGCGUCAGCGUCCUCCUCCUGUCCCUGGCACGCACCGGAUGUCUCUGCGUCCGUCCACUGCUCCUCUGCGUGCCCCUUUGCCUUCGCCUCCUGAGUCCUCUCUUCCUGCGCUUGCCGACCCUGAGUCGGACUCUCUUCGCGCUGCCAGUCCUACUGUCACGCGUCUGCUUGCUACUGUCGUCACUGACCCCUCUUUUGAGUCCACUGCUGCGUCUGCUCUAGUCGCUGAGCUCGUUGACUUUGCUGCUCGCUGUCGUCUCGACUACGCUGCUGGUCUUGUUGCUGAGUCUGCGUCUGUCUGUCCUCCGUCCGUCGGGGGUGAGUGUGCUCUUGGCACGGACGUCCUAGAGGACAGACAGGAGGAGUUACAGUGUCUAGCGGCUGCUUCACCUCAUCUCGCGUCUGUACUGCUUGCCCCUGAGGGAGACCCGGAUGCACUAGACAUCCCGACUCCGCGUUCUUACGCGGAGGCCGUAGAGGGUCCCUACUCCUCUCAGUGGCAGGCAGCUAUGGAUGCAGAGAUGGCUUCCUGGAAGUCCACAGGCACCUACGUUGACGCAGUUCCCCCUCCUGGGGCGAACAUCGUCAGUGGCAUGUGGAUCUUCCGGGUGAAGCGGCCGCCGGGCUCUCCACCUGUCUUCAAGGCGCGGUACGUUGCUCGUGGCUUCAGUCAGCGGCAGGGAGUUGACUACUUUCAGACCUUCUCUCCCACCCCGAAGAUGACCACUCUUCGGGUGCUGCUGCACAUAGCCGCUCAGCGCGACUACGAGCUUCACUCUCUCGACUUCAGCACUGCGUUCCUGCAGGGUAGCCUGCACGAGGAGAUCUGGCUGCGCCGUCCACCUGGCUUCACUGGGACUUUCCCUCCUGGCACCCAGUGGAGCCUCCGACGGCCAGUCUACGGUCUCCGCCAGGCACCGCGUGAGUGGCACGACACACUAAGGACUACGCUUGCGGCUCUUGGGUUUGCUCCUUCUACUGCUGACCCGUCGCUGUUUCUGCGCACCGACACUUCACUGCCGCCGUUCUACAUCCUCGUGUACGUCGACGACUUGGUCUUUGCCACAGCGGACACUGCUGGACUCGCCUACGUGAAGUCCGAACUGCUGAAGAGACACACGUGCACAGACCUGGGUGAACUGCGCAGCUACCUUGGCUUGCAGAUCACUCGGGACAGAGCACGCCGCACCAUUACCUUGACUCAGUCACACAUGGUGCAGCAGGUCCUUCAGCGCUUCGGCUUCACGUACUCCUCGCCUCAGGCCACUCCUCUGCCUACUCGCCACUCACUCUCAGCUCUGCCUUCGGAUGAGUCCGUAGAGUCGAGUGGUCCGUAUGCAGAGCUUGUUGGCUGCCUCAUGUACCUGAUGACCUGCACACGACCUGACCUUGCAUAUCCUCUGAGCAUUCUUGCACGCUAUGUUGCUCCUGGGAGACACAGACCAGAGCACAUGGCUGCAGCGAAGAGGGUAUUGCGCUACCUGUGCAGUACGUCGGGCAUGGGGCUUGUGCUUGGAGGGCGGAGUCCAGUGGUCCUUACCGGCCACGCGGACGCUUCUUGGGCUGACGACCAGGCUACGCAGCGGUCGUCACAGGGUUACACCUUCAGCCUUGGUUCCGGCUCUGUCUCGUGGCGGUCUACUCGCUCGUCUUCGGUUCUCGGCUCCAGUUGUGAGGCUGAGAUCUACGCCGGGGCCAUGGCUGCACAGGAGCUUCGCUGGCUCACCUACCUGCUGACUGACCUUGGAGAGCCGCCUCGUUCUCCUCCAGUGCUGUACGUAGACAACAAGGCCAUGCUGGCCUUGUGUCGAGAGCAGCGCUUGGAGCACAGAACGAAGCACAUUGCUCUCCGCUACUUCCUUGCUCGUGAGCUACAGCAGCGUGGUCAGUUGCGACUUGCGUACGUGGCCUCUGAGGCCAACACUGCUGAUGUGUUCACCAAGGCACUCGCGCCUUGUGACCAUCAGCGCUUUUGCACCCAGCUGGGUCUUGUGCCUGUCUUGCCUCACUUGCUCUCCUCUUGA